CAUCAACCUUUCUUGCUGGAGCACAAGCAGCAAGUGAUGGCAAAAUCAUGGCGCUGUCUUCUCAAGACUUCCCCAACACUACAGCCGAGUCAAGCUUGAAUGUGGAAGACUUCUCUGCAAAAGCCGAGGGCGAUGAAUGGGCGAACUCGGCGGCUGACAUUUUCCGUCGCCACGGAUUUUGCAUUGUUCUGGAUGCAUUGACAUUUGAGGAAGUUUCGGAGGUGUUGCAAACAUGCCUGGAUGCAGAAACCGAUAUACUACGGUUGGAUCCAGAUAGACUUGGCUGCCGGGAUCCUGGGCGGUAUAGCUUUGGAGCUGCAUCCGAAUCCGGACACAUGUUACACCAUCCUGCUUGGCGACACCUUUUGCAAUCAAGAUCUAUGCUCCUGGUAUUGCAGCAAAUCUUUCCUGCGGGUUUUAUCUUCUGUGGAGGUGGUGGUGACUUUGUCAGGGGCGGGACUUUGAACUAUCAGAGCCUCCACUCAGAUCUAGGACCCUCGCGAGUCCCACCUGAACAUCGCUCAGACAAUCCUCCCCCAAUGAUUUCUGUCAACUUUACAGUCCAAACCAUCACAGCUGACAAUGGUCCUAUGCGGGUCAUUCCAGGCAGAAAGGUGAUUUCUGGAAAGACGGAUUCGCCUCCUCACUUUCCAGACGAACCGGAGGUUCUGCGCCAAUCAAAGCUUUUUCCGCUUCCUUUAGGAGCUGCCAUCAUUCGAGACCUUAGGCUUUGGCAUGGAGGAACUCCAAACUGCAGUCCAGAAACCCGCUUUUUGCCCAGUGUUGAGAUUAUGUCGAUGGGAUAUUCGACAUACAUGGCUGGCCCGCACUCCUUUGGAGAUCAAUAUUGUGAUGUGUGUAAGUGGCAUCGGUGCUCGAUCCUUUACCGGUAUCCAGUGCGAUGCUUGCCCGAUGAUAUCUUUCAAAGGUUAGCGCCAGAGGUCCAGAAGCUCUGCGAAUCCGUUCAUGCCACCGGCCAAGUGCUCACGGGCUUUCGGAACUUCGCCCGUGCUCAGCGUUCCUGGGAGACCGAGUGGAAGCGGCAAAGUCGUGGGGGUGCACUUCAAAGCACAGAGGCGAGCUGGCAAAGAGAGAAGAGUGAGAGGUUCGUCUCUUUCAAGGAAGGCAUUUCGGCAACAGGGACCGUGCUUGCAAAGACGGCGCGGAUAGCACUAGGACUGUUUUUGAUUGUAAAAGCUUUACGCGUUAUGAAUGCUUUUUCUAUGGCACUGGAGCAAGCUGCUUGCUCUGCCAAGUUGACUUUGCUGAAGGCCCUGCCCCCUGCUGCAUCAGUUUUCCUUACAAAGCUGAUGGGAGUCCUUGCGUAUUUGUAAAGACAUUGGAGAACACAAACUGAGCGUAUUUGAAGCUUCAAGGAAAAGGACGGUUAUUGAGGGAUGGCCGCAGCACAUUGUUGCACUUUGAACAUGCUUUUAAACAACACCUCGAAGACCAUGGAUGCCUCCGACACCUUCACAAGCACCGCGCACACAAAACCAUUGAAUACAGAUGCUGCUGGCUAAAUUGAACAGGCGAUCUUCAACAUUAUGUCUUUGGAUGCACAAAGGACUUGCAGUCAGAACUCCCAAAAACAACAAGUUGGCAGUGGCAAGACACGAGGACGAUGACUAUGAAUGUUCAUGAACAAGUUGGUCUCAAACGGAACAAUCCAUGCGCUCCUUCACUGCUUUACACAGACAAAGUGCUGCUACGAACAAAAGAGAGGCGAUGCCAGCAGUUUUUUUUGGAUGCCCAAA